CAUCAGAUGCUCACGACAUGCGGUAUACGCCAGCCUUGGCCUAUCGCGAACACAAGCUCGCUAAACUGUUCUAAGAGCGCAACUCUACGUCAGCCGGUUCCGCAAAGCAAGCAAGAUGUCGCACGCACUGCAAAUAGUUCUCCUUUUCGGAGCUCUCUGGAUCACUGAAACCUGUCACCAUCACCAUAAGUACAAGUGCGGAGUGAUCCUUAAAGACGGCGACAAAUGCAAGACGUUCGUGAUAUUCAAGAAGUACUACGGAGUGUGCUGCGGAGACCUGUGCGUGGUGCCGCCAGCGUCCAACCCGUGUCUGACGCCGCGCCCACCUUCGUCGACGACGACCAGCGCCACCAAUUGCUACGACGCGUGCGAGAAGCCAUGCCUGGCGGCGGAGUGCGGCGUGGCGCCAUCUGCCGACUGCCGCAAGCGGUGCGUCGAUCUGUGCUCGAUGAAGUGUGGAGGAGCGUAUCCCCCACCGCCGGUAUCGGGAUAGAACCAUGCACAAGGCGCAGUAGAGUUGAUCGCAGCCUAGGAAAAACGGGCGGCGCCGACCACACCUCGUCCAUGUGCGCCGUUGCUUCGGCUACUGACCACUUUGGCGUUUAAGAAGGUACCAGAGACAAAUGUACUAAUGAGAUACUUUAAAGAUAUACUAAAAUGUUUGAAAAUAAAA